CCUCCUCUUUGUGUACAGCCCAUGUAUGCACUGUUGCUAGUGACCUCUCUAUGAACACAAGAGACUGCGGAGGCUCUUAUGGGACAUUUCAAAACCUGAACGGAGGUGCGGGCUUUGAGCCCGGAACCUCUCUCCUCGUAGACCAUGCCAGAAACUGCAUGAGAUCCUCUAAACCAAUUGACUUAAUAGCGGUCAUGGACAAUAGUUACUGAAUUCCUAUCAGGAGCUUCCAGCAACCGGCCUUAUAGGCUGGUUAACCUCUGAUGACUCUUUGCAAGAAGCAGUCUACAAAGUCGGAGCAGCUACAGAAGCCGAGUGGUCAUGCCACCACGGAACCCUCGCAGCAUUCGAGGAAGAAUGGUUGGAGCUGGCCUCCACACCCCUUGCAGUUUGUUGCUUGGACCACAUACAUAUUUUUCACCAUCGUAGCAUUUGGCGUUCUCCUUCCCCUCCUGCCUCAAAACUGGCUGGCGGCCGGUUACAUUUGUACGGGUGCCCUGUUUGCUUUUCACCUUGUUGUCCACUUGCUGGCUGUGUCCAUCGACCCGGCUGAUGACAGCGUUCGUGCCAAGAACUCCACCGGUCCCCUUCCAGCCUUUGACCGCAGCAAACAUGCUCACGUCAUCGAAAACAUGCACUGUUACAUCUGCGAGGUGGACGUCGGCUCCAAAUCAAAACACUGCAGUAUAUGCAAUAAGUGCGUCAGCAGCUUUGAUCACCACUGCAAGUGGCUUAACAACUGCGUGGGUGGAAAAAAUUACUGGUUGUUUUUCAACUGCCUCAUCUCUGCGCUCCUUGGCACCUUCCUCCUUACUGGGGUUUCAUCGUUUGUAUUUGCGGCCGUCUUCAUUAAUCCGCAGUUAUUAAGAUCCAACAUUUACUAUCAAGAUGCUAAGAACGGGUGUGACGUGUGGUACGUCUUUCCCCCAGCAGCCCCGGUGGAAACUCAGACUCCAGUCAUACUGGUGCUCGCAGGCGUCGUUUCUUUUACGGGACUCAUCACUAUCAUUCUAAUAGGGCAGCUGCUCUGCUUUCACAUCUACCUCCUGUACAACAGACUAAGCACCUACGAUUAUAUAAUGCGCCGACGGCAAAGCGAGGAUAUAAAAUCAAGCGAGAGGCAGCUCGAAGAAGGUAGCACACCUCCAACAGGCCGGAUCGACAUGCAGGAGAUAUCGAAUGCCGAAGACGUAUCGCAUGAGAACUCUGUUGAAAAAAAAGAGGACUUUACAUCAGGUCUGCAGGAUAGAGGCUGCCCGAUAUUGCCCAAAGAUGGUGAUAAUUUGAAUGGGGGUCUCGGGGUCGACCAUCAGCCCUCGUCAAAAGUAUUGAGAAAAAACACCAAGAAGAAGAAAAGAAAAUCCAAAAAAUCCAAUAAAGUGUCACCAGAUGUAGCUCAACAACCUUCUGAAGAGGAACCGCCCCGUCCUGACCUCCUGCCCCCUCGGACAAAUAAUGAACUUCCGGUUUCUCCUGAGCCUCCCAGCCUUUGUGCUCCACAUGCGGCUUUACCACCUCAGCCCUUGCCUGUUUAUGUUCCCAUGCGCAUGCAGCCAGUCCAAGCCUCCGGCCCACCCGCGGAGUAUCAUUCCGACUCUGCGGACUCAAUGGAGGAGAUCCCAGUGGCCCAGACCCACCUCGGGAGUUCUUCAAUGAACAACAUGUUUUUUAGCCAGCCAAGUCCCACAAAUGUUCCAAACUUUUCUCACCAUUAUGAGCAUGGACAAUCCACCUACCAGUGGACAGUACCUCAACAUCAACAGUUCGCGGUGCUUCGAGAUACCAGCCCUAUCUUUGUUAGUGACACAAGUGGGGAUCCUUUACCCAGUGGCCCUUUUGAUCUCAAUUAAUGCAGAGGACAGUCCGGAGAUGCUGUCUGUUCCAGCUCAGUUGAUGUUGUUUUAUGCAGAAUACAUUUUUUUACUUGAAA